AUGUUAAAUGGAGUGAAACAGGAAUUAGACUUUAUUCUUCAUGUCUACUACAUCACGAACUUUCACAUAUCAAAUAUUGGUGAUACAAAACUUGUAGAAUUUUUUACACAAGUUGUGCUAAACAAGGUGAAUCAAAAUGUUGUUCUUAAUCUUUCUUCCAAACACUUGACUUCAAAUCAGCUUAAUGCUCUCAAACUUAAUAACAAUUUUGCUUCUUGUUCAAAACCUUCUUUUCCUAAGUUGGUUGCUCCAGUUGAGAAAGCCUUUAGAUUUAGUGCUCUCACUGCUUCUCAAAAGGACUCUAUUAGGCAUAUCAUUGCCAAUACUGUGGAUUUUAAUUCCAAAUUGACUUCAAAUACUUUUAGCAAGCAUGCUAAUUCUUCCAUCAAAGUUUUGUGUUCUGAUCCUGUUCUAGUUGUAACUAAGGCUGACAAAGGUGGCCAAAUUGUUAUUCUUGACAAAAGUUCAUAUUUAGAUAAAUGUAAUGAGCUAAUUGAUGUUAGUCCUUAUGUGACACUUCACAAAGACCCUCGUAUUAGAAAGUUUAACCUUAUUAAAAAUGUUGUGAAAUAUUUUCCUAUCAUCAGCGAGUCUUCAAAAAGGUCUUUAACUCCUUCUGUUGCACACUGUGCCAGGUUUUAUACUCUACCAAAGGUUCAUAAACCCGACAUUCCUCUUAGGCCUAUUGUUUCAAGCAGUGGUACUGCUUCAUAUAAACUAGCUAAGUAUUUAGUUUCUAGCUUCCCUUUUUAUUUGGUUAGCAACUCUUUGACUGUCAGAAAUUUAGUUCAUUUUGUACAGAAGUUACGUUAUUUUAAGCCUCAUGGUAUAACGAUGGCUUCUUUUGACGUGAAAUCACUUUUCACUAAUGUACCGGUUAUUGGGGUAUUGGAUUGUUUUAAAUUGAGACUCCAAGAGCAUCAUUUUUCUAGUUUUGGGAUUGAUGAACUUGUUUCACUUACUCGUGCUUGUCUUGAGCAGAAUACUUUUGUGUUCAAUGGUACUUACUUUUGCAUGUCUGAAGGUUUAGCAAUGGGUUUUAGACAUGCAUAUUGUAACUUGCAAACAGAAUCUGAGAAGGAGAUUGAAGUUAUUUCACGUCUUCACACCUUGUUUACUUUAAUUCUAUACGUAAGGGAAUUUGAUGAUGUUAUUUGA